AUGGGCAGGCUCAAGACACUGUACCUCUUGCUCUCCGGUACUCUGAGCCCCGAAUUUGGUGUGGCCUGGCAGGCAAUGGAGGAGCUGGCGCUGAACACCAACGCCUUCACAGGGCCGCUGCCCAACCAGUGGGCCGCGAUGGGCAAGCUCAAGAAGCUGUACAUUUCGUGA